ACAACAUUCCUUUUGUGCUUUUGGUAAGUCAAAACUGUCACUGUUACUGAACAAAGUUCUGUAUAUACAGACCCGGAGAGAGUCACACUUUGCUAUUUUAUCUAAAGUAAUCAUACAAAAGGAUGUCUCUGAGUGUGUCCCAGGAUGAAGGGGUGACUGUAAUUACCAUCACCUCAAAUCCUAAAAGCAAAUGGCCCUCACUGUGUCAGAUUCUGGGUAAUCUGUGCUACAGCCCAAUGUGUUUAUUGCCUACAAAUGUCAAAAAGGAAAUGAUGUACAUCCAAACUGCACUAGGGAUUGUGCAGAUUAUAGUUGGAAUCCUCAACAUCAUAGCAGGGAUUUUGUUUAUAAACUGGGGAAUGCAUGAUUACAUUAUGAUGUGGAAUACACCCUUUUGGCUUGGUGGGGUGUUUCUCACAUCUGGAAUCAUGAGUAUUCUUGUAUUCUGCAUCAGAGGUUAUGCCGUGUUUGCCCUUGCUGUGAUUUUGAAUGAAGCCAGUGGUUUACUGGCUAUGAUAGGUGUUGCACUGUAUUCAUGGGACUUGGUGAGAACAAGCUCUUAUUCGGCUUACGAUUACUCACCAGCGCUUACCCCAGAACAGAGGAUGGACACUGAGUCCUUUCUGUAUAUUAAGGAUUGGAUUAAGAUGACCCGUGGAACUCUAGACAUCACGAUGAUAGUUUUUACCAUCCUUCAGUUCUGCGCAAACAUCACUUUCGUGGUCAUGUCUGUGAUAGCAUGUGUUCUGAAGGAUGAUGACCCUCAACUUCACAAGCUGCUCCCCGAAGAGAUCACUGAAAAUCCUGAGUGUUAGAGAAAACAAGAGGCACAAACAUAAAAAGCUAAAUGUUUUUGAAGCAGUUUUUCUUUUGUAGUAGAUAGGCAGAUCAUUUCUAUUACUGUUGUUUCCACCCCAAUUUACUAAGACAAAUUGUUAGAAUAUGUCUUGCGUUCCGCGCUUAACCAUCAGAAUGGCAACCUUUGGGGUGAACCUGUUUGAAAAAUAAAUUCAACAUACACUACGUAAUAUUUUUUUGUAGUGAUAUGUAUUAUGUUUGUUUGACAUCAUAGCCUUGUAUCACAUUCUUUUUUAUUAAUUUAGUAGUAAAACACUACUAAAGGACUGCAAGAAUGAACAACUGGUCACUUGGUUGACCAUACAUUAUUAUUCAAAAUGAUUUACAGAAACUGAUUCAAAUCAUAGUACCAGAACCUUGUGGUUUAUUAGGUUUUGGAUAGUUUAUUAUUUGUUUUAUUCUGUGUUUUGUGCUAUUUUAGGGAUAUCUUUCAUUUUUGGAUUUGUAGUCCUGAGUACUGACGGUGCAUAAAAAUAAACACACUUUUCUGA